CUGGGAGAGGUUGGCCGUGAAGAAGGUUUGUCUGGUACUGCUGCGUGCUUUGGUUCGCUGUUGUUGGAGCGGGCAGUGCCAGCUGUCUUCCCCUAACCUUUGUGUAGGUUGUACACUGUGGCGCUGUCAGGAGAUGUCAUUGUCCCAGGAGGCUGCGGCACGCACUGAGCGAUGCGCUGACACGCUGGCUUUGCCACUUCCGUCUGUCCUCUGGAUGGCAGCAGUAAAACUGUGAGCCUGAGCCCGUCCUCCUCGGGCCCCCAGGUGGUGAGAGCUCGCUGCUCUUCCCCUAGUUGGCCAUGACUAUAAGGACAUCCUGCUUGAUUGAAAGAAGUUGCUCCUACUUGUGGAGUGACUUAUGAUGUCAAGAACUGUAUCAUCCUGGAUCUUAGGCUCAGCAAGAAACAGCUUUGUUUUACAUAGAAGAGGACGUUUGUAUUCCAUAUGUGUCCCAAACAGACACAAAAUAAAAUGGAAGCUUGUUUUUUCCAAAACACUUCUCUACCCUGCUGGGACCUGCAGCUUAGACAAUAUUUUCUCCUUGAGAAAAGCAUUCAGGCAUACCUCCACUGAAGAAGAAGAAUUCUCUUUCCAGUUGUCUCCAUCACAAAUCAACGAUAUACUCAGAGCAGGUGAAUUAUCCCAUAAAAUAUUGGAUUCAAGUUGUAAAAGUACUAAUUCUGUGUUGAAGUUUGAAAGUAACCAGCUGGCAUCCAAUACUCCUAUUGAAGACCGCAGGAGUGCAGCCACUUGCUUGCAGACCAGGGGGAUGAUGUUUGGUGUCUUUGAUGGCCAUGCUGGUUCUGCUUGUGCUCAGGCAGUAAGUGAGAGACUACUUCAUUACAUAGCAGUUUCUCUCAUGUCUCGACAAACUUUGGAAGAAAUGGAGCUUGCUGUGGAGUGCAUGAAACCAGUUAUUCCUAUUCUGCAGUUGCACAAGCAUCCAAAUGAUGUAGAGCAUCGAGAAAUGACUUCACAGUAUUUUGAGAGCCUGCGAGUUUACUGGCAGCAUUUACUGGACCUAGACAUUGAGCCAGGAUUUAGUUUGGAAGAAGCCAUGAUAAGCGCAUUCAAAAGGUUAGACUCAGACAUAUCACUGGAAGUUCAGGCUCCCCAGGAAAACGAAUUGGUGAGAAACACUGCCCUUCAGGUAGCUUUUUCUGGUGCAACGGCGUGUGUAGCUCACAUUGAUGGUGUUCACCUGCAUGUUGCAAAUGCUGGUGAUUGCAGAGCAAUUUUAGGGGUUCAUGAAGAAGAUGGAACUUGGUCUGCUCUCCCUCUAACACGAGACCACAACGCCUAUGAUGAAUCUGAAAUCAGAAGACUAAAGAGAGAACAUCCUAGAUCUGAGGAGAAAACGCUAUUUGUGAAUGACAGAUUGCUGGGGAUUCUCAUGCCCUCCAGAGCUUUUGGAGAUGUGCAACUAAAAUGGAGUAAAGAAUUGCAACACAGCGUUCUCGAGAAUAGCUGCAAUGUUGGGGCUUUAAAUAUUUAUCAGUAUGUUCCUCCAAACUACCAUACACCUCCAUAUUUAACAGCGGAGCCUGAAGUCACAUACCACAAAUUAAGAAGCAAAGAUAAGUUUCUCAUUAUUGCUUCAGAUGGACUAUGGGAGAUGCUCAGUAAUGAAAAGGUUGUAAAACUAGUUGCUGGACACCUUACAGAGCUUAAUGUGCAGAAACCACAACUGGCUUUUGAGAAACCAGUUAAUUUGGGUUAUUUGCACAACCUGUUACUUCAGAGGAAAAACAGGGGUAUUACCUCACUGGACCAGAACAUAGCAACGCACUUAAUACGGCAUGCAAUUGGGAAUAAUGAAUAUGGGGAAGUGGACCAAGAGAAACUUGCUGCGAUGCUGACACUGCCUGAAGACCUUGCGAGAAUGUACAGAGACGAUAUCACAGUUACUGUAGUGUAUUUUAAUUCGGAAGCAAUUGAAAACUAUUACAGAAACAACAAAUAGAGACUUGCAUUGCUGCUAUUCUGUACUGCUAGCCGACUUUGAUAUUGAAACCAUUACUGUUUUUCCUUGAUAGUCAAGCUGUUACCAGUGUUAGAAACCUUUUUGUUACUUACUAGUUCUGAAAAAAACACUUCUGCAAGUGAAUUUGUUGACAGUUCCCUGGAUUUCCAGGUCUGUAAACUCUGAAGAAAAAUGUUUUGAUGAAAUUUCACUGCAGUGCAGCUGAACUAAGGAUUGCUGACUCAGUUCCGAUUCCAUGGGAACUGCUGGUAAAAUUUUACAAAUGAACAAAGGAGAUGAAUUUGAAUUAGGCUGUUAAAAUUUAGUAGGCAGAUGGGUAAUAUCUGUAGCUGCGUGGAGCGUAGGGAAGUCCUACUGUUAUAGAAAAUGAGUAGCAUUUUCCUGAAGCACUGUAAUUGAAUUCAAUAAACUUCCAAACCAUUAUUUGAUGUGGCAGUGUCAGGUACUCACCUUGUGUAUGUGAAGCUUUGUUUUAGAGACAGCACUAAGGGAGGUGGUUCAGGCAGCCCUGAGACUGUUGGAUACUUUUUCUUACUGUUUUUCUAAGCUCAGAAACAAAAAUGUAUUUUCUUCAACAGUCAUGCGUGGAUGCACAUUUUCUUAACUGUGUGUGGAUUUGUAUGACAGCAUGUGGCUCAAAUGCGCACAAGGGACUCAGUGGUCCCCUGCUCAGGAAUUAACAUUUGAAAUUCAAGCAUUCAUUCAUCUAUUGCUUAGAGAAUAAAUACUUUGUAUUAAGUAUAGAUCUAUGAAAUGCUGCAUAUGAACGCCAACUGUAAUUUAAGUGAGGUUUGACAGAUUCAGAAGAUAAAAAGUGCAUUUAAAGGUAAAUACAACAACACACAACACCUUUGUCUUCAGAUUUGACUUGGAGUACAGAAGUGCUGUUAUUUCACUAAAAUCUCUUUAAUUUUGUCUUUGAACAUCAGUUUGUUAUUAUAGCUACAGAUAUUUUCUUUAAUGAAUGUAUAUUCUAGUCUCUGAAUGUAUACUUCUGUGCAUUUUAAAACAGUUUAAUACUGUUUUCUAGGGUUGUUAUCCAAAGCUUGCAAAUGAACUGUGCUUAAAUUUCACAUAUGGUGUUCUCCUGUGGUUCUUUUUCUGGUUUAUGCACGUUAGUUGGCAGCAAAAAUGUGUACUGGCUAUUCGCUGCUGUUUUGCUGUGUGAGAACCUGUGUGGAUGUGGCAGAGAAGAUGCAAAUAACUUGUUGUUUUUUUUUUAAUUUCACUUAAGCAUUAUCCUUCUGCACUUUUACAGAUGAGAAAGUACUUCAGUUUUCAUUUGAAGUUCUAAGUGAAGUUUUAAGCAGAUGAGAUCUUAUGCAUAAACUCAUAGUAGUUGUGGGUUUGGAGCUUUCCAUAUACUUUUUUCUCCAAGUGAAACUUAUCAAAGCUUAUCAGUGCUUUCUUUCUUUUUUUCUUUUUUUAUUUUUUUCAUCUAAUUCAUCUUUUCUUAAAACUGUUAAAUGCUUAUGCUUUUGACUGUGCAUGACUGGAUGUAAUUCAGUAUUACAAUUGCAAACACUGAAUGCUAAAUUAACAAAAAAACUUUUGCUCUAGAAAAGGUUUCUUACUCUAGUACAUACUGGAGUACGUGUAGCAGUUCAGUUGGUGAGCAAGUAGUUAUGCUUUUUUGAGUGGAGUGAGCAGCAUAUGGUACCAGCAAAACAGUAUUGGCAUGAGACAUCUAAGAUUUAGGUUUUUGGUGUUAGGGACUGCUGGAGGGCUUUAGGUUCAUGCAGCAUCUCACAGGGGAUGCUGAAAUUCUUGUCUCUUGAGUUCAGUAAUUUAAAAUAUACCCACUUUCUGAGGCUGAAACUAUGGAGACAAAAAUGUUGUCUACCAGAAAAAAACAAACAAUGAUAUUCAGUCUGUGAAACCUUAGAAAGGAUUGAGCCUACCUGCAAGGCAGUUGGGUGAAGAGGAGCAUUAUUAAACAGUGUUCUGAACACCUUUGGCUUUAAGUGAGCUGUUCCAUUUGCUCUGAAAAUACCUGGUCAUUACUUAGGUGCUUCAUUGCUUUGAUUCUUAGGUAUAAAAGCAUGUGUUACUAGACUACCUCUUAAUAAAGAAAUUACAUAACAGUGUGGCCAGAGGAACAAAGGGCCUAAACCAAACCACAUUAGAGCUGGUAUCAAGUGAUACAAUUCUUAUGAAGGUUAUUUAGCAAACUUGUGAUAUACAGCAAGGCUCCUAGUAUAAGGGACACAAAAAUAGGCUGUUCUGUUCUUUUUUCAAGUAGAGCCAGAGAUGAAAUCUACAUUGUGCUUGUUAGAGUGCUACAACGACUCUUUCCAUGUGCUACUCAUAAAUAUGCCCUUAUACAGGUUGUUGUAAUUGCAGCUGCUAGUCAAUAAUGAUUGUUUUAGGGAAUCCAUUUCACAGUCAGAAGAGUACUACUUCUCAUUGGUUUUGCUCAGUUUAACACACAACAUCAUAAUUAUCCUAGAGUGGAGAAGGAUAACAUUAAACCAGUUAGUUUGUUUUGAUAAAAAAGCAAAUUACAGAUUGAACUGUACAUUCCCUGGAAUUUGUUACAUGCUAAUGACAACAAUAUAUCCUGAUAUGUAAAGAAGAUAAUUAUCAGUUUGAAUUAUAUCACAUAUAUCUUCAUUUCUAAGUGCAAACACAGCUAAUAGGUAUUAAUAAACAUUGUAUUUUGUGACUUGGAGAGUCAACAUUGUUUAACAACUUAAUGCCUUAAUGCACUUGUGCAAGCACUCUGAUGUGAGGACUUCAAAGCACAUUUAGGUGCAAGUCCUGCAGUAUCCAUUGUGUUUGGAGUGUGUUUUUCUUUAAAUACUGUGACUAUCUAAAGAAGCAGUAGUCAAAAACAUUCAACUAAAUUAUGUUUCUCAAAAUCUGGUGUCUCAGGUGGGUAUUCUGCCAUGUAGGUAACACACCUGAAAUUAAGCGUGGUUGUAAAUACUAACAGAAAUAUUCUUUUCUAAUAUUUAAACCUUGAGUUGAAGUACAAUUUUGCCACUUUGUUUUUUGUUCAAAACUCUUGUUCCUGAAUGAUUAUGGUUAUUAGUAUACAAAUGUUCAAGCCUUCAUAAUAUAUUUGAUUUUUUUGUAACUUCUUUGUAAAUUGGGGAAAAUCACUGUUUUUGUAAAUAAAAAUAUUUAUGACACA